GCGGGCGAGUUGAACAUGGCGGCAGGCCGCUGGGCUCCUGUCGCUACCGUGGCCGCUCUGCUUCUGGCGCUGGUCUUGCUUCCCGACGCCGCCUCUUCCUCCUUUUCCCGGGCAGGCAGCCCCGGCGAGUCGCGGAGCCGUGUGCAAGUGCUGGGCGGCUCCAACUGGAGUCUGGUGUUGCAGGGCCAGUGGAUGCUGGAGUUCUAUGCUCCUUGGUGUCCAGCUUGUAAACAGAUUGAAUCGACAUGGGAAAGUUUUGCAAAGGAAAGCGAACGUCUAGCUAUCACUGUGGGAAAGGUGGAUGUCACUCAAGAACCAGGCUUGAGCGGUCGUUUCUUUGUCACAAUACUUCCUACAAUUUACCACGCACAUGAUGGAAUAUUUCGCCGGUACCGAGGCUCACGGACAUUGGAAGAUCUCGAAAGUUAUGUUCUAGAGAGAAAAUGGGAACUUGUGGAGCCUAUUGCAGGAUGGAAGUCUCCAUCUUCUAUAAUGAUGCAUGGCAUGGCAGGGCUAUUUCACUUCUCCAGAUGGAUCAGACAAAUUCACAACUACCUCACUGGCACUCUUGGAAUUCACGUUUGGAUUUCUUAUACAAUCUUCAUCUUGGCUACCUUAUUGAUUAGCCUGUUCCUGGCUUUGAUACUGGUGUUGAUUUCAGACUGCCUUUGCCCACCCAAGUCAACAUACAAAGCUGAAACAUCUGAAGAAGCAAUUGCAAAGGAUAACAUGGAGAAUGCAGCAUUAGAAGAACCAGAGGAGGCUGCGGAGCUUUCCGCAGAGGAUGCGGAAGAGACUCCAGAUGUAAAAGAUCUCUCAGAUGGAGAAGAUGCAGUAAAUUCAAGUGCUGACGAGUCAGAGGAGGAUUUAGCACUUGGAAAAGAAUCAGGGGAAGAAGAAAUGGAAGACUUAAGUGAACAACCUUUAGCUGAUUCAGAGACUGAAAGCUCAGUAAGACAGCGUAAAAGUCAUGGGGCUGAUAAUGGACUAUAGUUUUUUCAAUGAUGCGUUUUGUACACUUGGACCAAAGAAGUAUCAGACCUGGGUCUGAAGCUGAAGCUUACACUUGAUUUGUCAUUUGUGUUUACACAAAACCUCUGCGCUGUCAGCAGGCGGCUCUGUUUUUCAAGCUGAUAUUUGCAUACUUUGUUUUAGAGGCACAUACACUGUGUGUUGUAUAACUUUAGCCACGACAAUCAAAAGAAGUCUGUCUUAUCUGUUUGAAGUCUUCUGAGAGAAGAAGGUAAUGGGUUUCAGUUCACCAGCUGUAAAAUGGUCAUCUCUGCUUGUGUUCCUCUAAGUAUUGACCUAAGCAAGAUCAGGACUUUUCAGUCUUUAGAGUAGCUUGGCAGAGCUGUCACUUUUCCAUCUGAGUAUUUAUUGUUUCCAAAUGCCACAGCAGCACCAGGUAAGCGAUACAGUAGCAAAAGAAGGCACCUUACUAGUCCUCUAUGGAAAAUGUAGUGUCUGGGUUUGUUUUUUUAUGACUUUCAACUGAAGCACCUUUCAUUUUUGUUAAACUUUCCUUUGGAAGGUCAUCAUUCAGUACAUCCCCAGAUUUUUCACAUUGUGUAAUUCAGAUCUGUGCUGUACAGUUCAAGCUUUUCAGCUCUGUUUUUUGACCCAAGGAGUUGAAGUAAUUGAAAACCUAAGGCUGAGAGAACAGCAGCUGAAUGUUUGAAAUAGAUUUGAACUUCUAAAAAGUUAAAAGGAAAUUAUUUUGGUUGAGGGGCUUUUGCUAAAGCAUUACGUUUUUUACCCCCACCCCUUCAAGAGAUCAUAGCAAGAAUUAUUCAUUUUGCAGUCAGUAAAUCGUAUCUUUCUUGCCAAUACAAGCUUGUCAUGCAGCACAAUUCUGCCAUUCCAACUUGGCAUGCUUUUGGCAGAACUCAAACUGCUUUAGUAAUGCUAACUGAUGAGGUACAUAAGGUUUUACCCUUGAUCUUUUUUUAACUUCUUGACACUAGAAUCAGCAUGUUAGGAGAUGUGAGUGGCAUGGGUAUGUAGUGGGGAGAAGCUUUUUCAUCUCGCUACUGUUGUCAAGAUAAACGUGUGUCUUUUUUGACAGACAGAA